AUGGUGCUAUCGAGCAGUAAGGGGCAGAUGGAGGUGGAGUUCAUUUCUGGUACGUGCAGUCCUGCGCCGUCUUGCGGAGUUGGUGGCCUAGCCCUUCACCCCCUCGGCACGGCUGGUAGAACUCCUUGGGUCUAUGCUCGGCGGAUCGGCGGCGGGUUGGGACAGAUGGUGAUCACCCCUCAGGGCGAUCUUGAAGGGAAUGCCUCGUGUCCAGCCGCGGUCGUCGCAAUUUACCCAGUGAGAUGUUUGUGGUUUCCUUGCUGUGUUUUUGCAGGCAUUUGCCUUGCCAAUUUAUUUCCAACCCGUCAGCCCAGUGCUGCCGACCCAAUAGAGCUGGGAACCAGCAAGGUCACGGCCAAUGGAGAUCAUCUUUUCAGGACGGGCUACCCGCUGCUGACCUUGUCGGGUUCCUUUAGCGGUCCAGGACUUCAUGUUGAGGGGCGGAACAAGGACAGCGCUCUCAUUUGUGAACUCAAGAAAGUGGGCGAGCAUUGCGAGUGCUUUGUGCUGCAGUACGUCGAUGCAGGACUGGUGAUUGGCGGACUUCUGGCUGUCUUGCUGCAGAGCAGGUGGACGGAGACGGAUUCCAGUCAUGAAUAG